AUGAUGCACGAAAUGAUGCAGAAAUUUUCAGAUGUUAGACCCCAACAUGGCUUGGAUUUAGCGAAGUUGGUUACAAGAGGAGUUGACAAAUUUCCAUUUAUCAAAUGGAUCCAGAACGAGCCCAAGCCCAAAGACUUUAUGAUUCUGUCUUUGCCAACCUUUAAUGGAAAAUGGGACCCACUUAGUCACCUUUUUCAGCUCCAACAGAAGAUGGCAUUGGAAGUCAAUAAUGAAGCAAUACACUGUAAAGUAUUUUCUGGUGCAUUUUAUGGGCUAGCCCUUCUAUGGUUCCGCCAACUCAAGCCGGGAUCGAUUAACGACUUUAGCGAUUUUCACAAUGUUUUCUUGCAACAAUACAAUGCAAAUCAUGAGGCUCUGAGAACCAUGGCAGAUCUUUACCAAAUUGAACAAGCAGAAAGCGAGCAUCCACGACCAUACUUACAAAGAUUCAUUAAUUUGGUUCACCAAUUUCAUGAUGUGGAUCCCACUAUUGUGGCCAACUUGUUUGUCAAAAGUCUGCAAGUAGGGACCCUUCUACACGAAGAUCUCAUUUUGACUCCUCCUUAUGAUAUGACAGAGAUACAACACCACGUAGAAGGUGUCUUUCAGGUGUUAGAAUGCUGCGAGCAUGCACAAAAGAGGUCAACAUUCAUUUCUAAACCUCCACCAGAAAAUCCCCCAUCGAACAGUCAGAAGGAAAAAACGAAAGGGCAAUGA